GGCGAGCGGCAGCGCCGCCGCGCGCGAGGAGCUCUGGUGGCCCGGCGGCCGCUGCUUCCAGCGGUCGUCCGCGUCGAGCGCGGCGGCGGACGAGGAGUCCUGCAGGGGCGAGCGCCCGGCGUUCCCGCCGCUGCCCGCUGGCGCCCCCGCGGCCAGUGCGCUGUCGCCCACGAGCUCCUGGGUCGAGCUCGGCCUCGCGGCCCCGUCGGCGUCCGCCACCCCGGUGCCGUGCAGCCCUGGGGCGAGGUCGGCGUCCGCGGCGGCGCCGUCCGAGGCGUCGCACUGUGCAGGGGCGGCGGGCCGAGGCGCCGCUGGGCCGCUGAGGGCCUCCCUCGUCGCGUGGAUGGACCCCUUCGGUGGCGGCGAGGACCGCGGCCGCCACGCUUGCGGGCUGGCUGCGGACGCUGCCGAGCAGCAAGGUGCCACAGGACACGAGACGGGCCCUGGCGAGCCACGUGUUGCAGCACGAGAUCGCGGGCGCGCAGUUCGAGGAGAUGGUGACAGGCGGCCGCUGGACCGAGUUGGCCUUGGCCGACGAGCGCGAGGC